GCGAUGACGCACGACAGGUUUGCGGACGUGGCGGCGGCGCAAGGCCCGGAAGGCGCAGACGCUGACCGCCGCGGCAACUCCUGUAGAGGCGGCAGUGGGGGAGGAAGAGGACGGGGCAGCCAGAAACGGAGGCUCUGCCAUGAACUUACCCGGAACGGUCGCGCCGGCGGACCUGGCAGCCGCCUCCUCGUUGUGUCCCCCUUGCUAACGGGACAGAUUUUGACAUUAUGGCAGGGAGGCAUCAGAAUCGUAGUUUUCCUCUUCCAGGAGUUCAUUCAAGUGGUCAAGUACAUGCAUUUGGAAAUUGUACAGAGAGUGAUGUGUUGGAGGAGGAUGUUGAAGUGUAUGAGCUUCGAUCCAGAGGAAAGGAAAAAAUCCGAAGAAGUACAUCAAGAGAUAGACUUGAUGAUAUUAUAGUAUUAACAAAAGAUAUACAGGAAGGAGAUACUUUAAAUGCCAUUGCUCUUCAGUACUGUUGUACGGUAGCAGAUAUCAAGAGAGUUAACAAUCUCAUCAGCGAUCAAGACUUUUUUGCCCUUAGGUCUAUCAAAAUUCCAGUAAAAAAGUUUAGUUCAUUGACUGAAACACUUUAUCCUCCAAAAGGAAGACAGGCUUCACGUCCUUUAUCUGUUCAAUUCGUUCCAGAACAACAGGAAAUUUUGUCACCUAAUGAUUCUCUUUCUUCCAGUGAGUCAGCUGGUAGCUUUUUAAAAGAAGUGGACCGAGACAUAGAACAAUUAGUAAAAUGUACAGACACCAAAAGAGAGAACCUUAACGAGGUGGUGUCUGCCUUAACAGCACAACAAAUACGUUUUGAACCUGAUAACAAAAACAUUCAACGUAAGGAUCCUUAUUAUGGAGCAGACUGGGGAAUAGGGUGGUGGACAGCUGUAGUGAUAAUGUUGAUAGUAGGUAUAAUAACGCCAGUAUUUUAUUUGCUGUAUUAUGAAAUUUUAGCUAAAGUGGAUGUUAGUCACCAUUCAACAGUGGAUUCUUCACAUUUGCAUUCAGGAGUCACACCCACAUCACAGCAGAGAGAAGUGGAAAAUGGAAUUGCUCCAACUCAAAGAAUACCUUUUGACCAACAAGGUGAACAUAAACUAUAUAGUCAUGAUUCUCAGUCACCUGCUGCUCAACACAAAACAUAGCAUUAGCUCAUAGUUACAAUGUUAGUGAUCACAUAUACAUCUGGAAUGUGGUGAAUCAAUUAUAUUCAGUAACCACUUCAAAGGCAAGAUUUAGGGAGAUUGAAGAUGCUUUUGUUUUUCACCUUUUUUGAGCCAUUUACAAAUGGAUUGAGAAUAAAAUCCCUGCAGUUGCUACUUGAUAUUGAGAGCAGUAAAUCCAUAUAUCUGUUGUAUAAGUGCUUAAAGCAGAAAUGAAUUUAAAUAUGUCUAGAAAGUUCUUAACUUAGAAAACCUGUCUUUUUUCUUAAGACUGGUUAUGUUUAAAUUUUACUUUUUAAUUAUUUUUUUGGUUUAAGGUUAUUGAUGUUACAAAGCAGAAUAAUGAUAGCAUCAGAUAUCUGCAACUGAAUAAAAUUUACUGUGAACCAUCAAAAUAUUUAGUUGCAAAAAAGUGAUUCUAAAAUUAUGAGCACGCAUACUUAAUACUCCAUUUUGAAAGUUUUUGAAAACAAGUUUAGCACGUCUGCCAUGAAAACAAGUAGAAACAAGUGGGAAAAUAAUGUGUAAUGUCUAUAAUAGAGGCUAAGAUAUAUAUUAAAUGUUAUUUUUAAGCCCCUAAAAUAAUGUGUUAUGGUUGGGAAGUUGCUAUUUGGUCACUAGAACACUGGAUUAGGUCAAGACCUAAAAGUAAUCUUUGUCUCUUAAAGAAUGCUGCCUUUGCUUCUGUUUUUUAAGUGAUUCUAUUUGCCUCUGAUAUUUGAAAGCACUUUUGUAAUUCUUUUAUGAAAAGUGUUAUAUGUGUACAGAUUAGCAAUAUUUAGAAAACACAUACUGUGAUAAAUUUUUGCUGUCACACAUGGUAACAUGCCUUAAUUACAUUUAAUGCCUUAUAAUACAUGUGAUACAGUUUUUAGAAUUAAAAUUAGGCGUUAUUUCAGAUGGUCCAAUCAGAUUUAUAACAUAGGCUGUAUAAAUUCGUCUCCACCUUCAUUUCACUAUCAAGCACAAGUUAAUGGAGUCAAAACAAAUUUUCAUUGUCUGCCUCUGACAUAUGUUGCAUAAAAUGGUUCAUAAGGUAAAAGCAGGAGUAGAGACCUUUUGCAUUAGCAAGAACAAAAUGUUUAUUGAACCCUUCACUUGUUUUUCAAAGAGAAAAUCUCCAACUUAAACUUUUUUUUCCUGAACUAUAGCAUAAAAUUGGGGAACAGAGGCCAAAAGUGUAUAAAUUUGUUGAAAGGGCUUGAUAGUGCCACUUUUUAAGAUCUAUGGAUCUGCUAGAUAAGCAUUUUGCAUACCGAUUCCAUCAUUUAAUUUUUAAAAGCAUAUGUUUUUUAAAAUGUAAUCAAAAAUUAAUUAGAAGCAAGAUUUGGUGGAGUCUGGAUUGCCUGUUUUAUGUAUAAGAAAGUAUGUACCUUAACACCUAUAAUACCACCUCAUUUUCUGGGCAUUAUUUCCUAAUUUUAAUGUUUCAACUUUUUGACCAGUCAUUUGAUAUUUCAAACUCCAAUCUUGAUACAAAGUAGGGUGAAUAAAUGUAAAUGAGAUUUUAUGUACCUUCAGUAGCUAAGUUUCAUAAAAAAGAUAGGACGAAGUCAAACAUUAAUGCUUUUGCAUAUAUUUGAGGACCUUAAACAAUUACCAAAAAGUGUUAACAUGGAAGUUGGAUCAAAUUGAUUUUGGGGGUAACUUAUUUUAAAAUUUUAAAAAUUGUUGUGCCUUGGACAUCUUGAAGUGAUGAGUAUGAUCUUUCUAAUUUAUGCUCAGUGUUAACUUGGUCAGUUUACGUUGUAUUUAUUAAGCCUGCUGAAAAAUCAAGUUUUAGGGAAGAAAAUACAGACUUUUAGGAUAGAAUGGGUUAGAUGUCUUUUGAAGAACUUUGUUUACAUUAAAUUGAUGAAAAAUACAGUCAGUGAUUCCUUUUUGCUAGUGGUACUUUGAUUUCCAGGGUAAUUUAUUUUUCAAGUAAUGAGAUGUACUAUGUACUUGAUGAUUAAAAAACAUUUGUCUUGCAAAAUAUCCUGUUCCUUGAAGGAAAUAUAACAUCCUUUUGACACAAUCAGGCAGUUUCCUUUUUCUGUAUAUUUGAAUUACAUAUUUUUAAUUGAAUAUAAUUUGAAUUAUAUAUAAUUCUGUCAUCUACAGAAUUAUAGAUUGUAAUCAUGUCGUUUUUUAAAGAAAAAAAAUCCUAAGCAUUUAAUGCAGAAUUUUAGCCUUUAAAAAGUACUAAUAUACAUAAAAAUUUAUAGCAAAUACAGAUUACUUUGUCAAACUUAAUAAGAAAAGUUAUUGUUUGACACUUGUGUUGAAACCCUUACCUGAAUUUCCACUGAGGCUUCACAUUAGAAGAUAUGUAUCUGUAAAUGUAAAAGUAACUGAACUAUACGUGAAUCAUUGCAUUUGGUUCACUUUAAAAAUUGGUAUUGCAAGUGAAGAAAAAACUAUUUUUAGGGCAGAUUUUUUUUAAGUCCAGUACAAAUGGUUAAGGUUGUUUUGAACUAAUGGAUGCCAUUUAAGAUAUGAUUAUAGAGUCUGCUGGCCACGUUAAGAAUUAGACUAAUGUUAAAUAACUUCUCUAGAAGACUUUUUGUUUUUUAAAGCUUUUUCUGGACUCUGCUAUUCAAUGGCCUGAAGAGUUCUUUAAACGAACCACUAAGUAAUUAGUUCUUUGAAAAGGUAUCUACUUCUAAAAUUACCUACUUGGGAAUAUGAAGGAUACAGUUAAGAGUUUUAGAAAUGUGAAGCAAGGAUACAAAGUUAUAAGGUAAAGGAGUUUUUAGAAGUAUUUACUUAAAUGGUGCAUUAUGAUGGGAGUCAUUCUUAUUUUGAAUUACAACAAUGUUGCUCAGGAAGUUAGUAUUUUUCUUCCAUGUAUGUGCAUAUUGCACUAUUAGAUCAUAGAAAUAUCUGAAUGCAUUAUUUCUUUUUAUAUAUGCAAAUACUAUCAAUCUUGUAUAAUGUAUUUUAUACAAAUGCGAAGUGGAAUUGUAGAACAUUAUGUUAGCAUGUACAUCUGUAAGACUGGUUUUUAAAACUUGCUCCAUAUUUUUCAUAUUUUAAAAGAUCUUCAAAAUGUAAUAAAGUUUCUAUUUUAUUAUUCAAUCUAAAAUGGAAGCUGGUGAAUUUAAUUGAAUAAAGCAAACCUUCUUUCAAA